AUGCAAAUCUUCGUCAAGACCCUGACUGGCAAGACGAUCACGCUCGAGGUCGAGUCGUCUGACACGAUCGACAAUGUGAAGGCCAAGAUCCAGGACAAGGAGGGUAUUCCUCCGGACCAACAGCGUCUUAUCUUCGCGGGUAAGCAGCUGGAGGACGGCCGUACGCUCAGCGACUACAACAUCCAAAAGGAGUCGACGCUCCAUCUCGUGCUUCGCCUGCGUGGUGGUAUCAUUGAGCCCUCGCUCAAGGUGCUGGCCGGCAAGUACAACUGUGAGAAGCAGAUCUGCCGUAAGUGCUACGCCCGUUUGCCGCCGCGUGCGACAAACUGCCGUAAGCGCAAGUGUGGUCACAGCUCGCAGCUGCGCCCCAAGAAGAAGCUGAAGUAA